AUGUCAGAAAUAAUAAAGAGCAGAUUAGAUAACAGUGAGUAUGAAAAACUUACAAUAUCAAAUGGGGUAGAAGUAUUAUUAGUAAGUAACAAGAGGUUUAAAAGAGGGUGUAUUUCAGUAUCUAUGAAUGUUGGAUCUUUUAAUGAGGAUCCUAAAUUCAAAGGAUUGGCACACUUUCUAGAACACAUGUUAUUUAUGGGAACAAAGAAGUUUCCUUCAGAGAACUACUUUAAUGAAAUUGUCAAUAAGUAUGGUGGUAGAUAUAACGCUUUUACAAGUGAUCAAAAGACUGUGUAUUUCUGUGAUAUUCAUAAAGAUAUGUUUGAUCACCUUAUUGAUGUUUUCUCAUCAUUCUUUAUAAGCCCUUUGUUUAAUGAAAAUGGAAUUAAUAGAGAAGUUAAUGCAGUAAACAGUGAGUAUUUAAAUACUUUAAAUUCACAUGUUUUCAGACACGAAGCUGUUUUGAAAGAAUUUAUUCAAGAUGAUCACCCUUUUAAGAAUUUUAAUUGUGGUAAUUUAGAAACAUUACAAAAAGAAGGUAUUUAUAAAGAAAUGAAGAAGUUUUUUAUGAAGUAUUACAGUUCAAACAAGUGUGCAGUUGUUUUGAGUAAUUCAUUAUCAAUCGAAGAAUUAAGAAAAAGAGUGGAAGUUUUUAAUCAAGUAUCGGUUAAUGAUAACAUAGAUAGAAUACCUAUUAGAAGGUAUGAUUAUUUUUUAAAGGAAGAAUUUCAAUCAUCAAUUAUUAAGGUUAAACCAUUAGAAGAUAAAAAAUCUUUAAUUGUUCAUUUUACAACUCCUUCAUCUUUUAAUUUCAUUGAGGAAAAUCCCUUUGGAAUUAUUUGUUAUGAAUUAGAAAAAAAUUCUAAAGGGUCUUUAAUUUCUAAGUUAGUUAAAGCUGGAUUGGGUACAUUUGUUGAUGUUAGCAAUAAUACAUGCGAGGAGUAUGAUUUAAUUGAAAUAGAAAUAGGACUUACUGAUGAAGGUAUUAAACAGCAUGAAAAGGUUCUUAAUAUUUUAUAUGAUUCUAUUAGAGAAGUGAACAUUACUAGAGAAUAUUAUGAUGUGGUAAAGGCAAGAUUAGACUUAGAUUUUGAAUAUUUAGAUGAUAAAGAUCAGUUGCAGUUAACAAGAGAAUUAGCAAUGCAUUUAAAAGAUGUACCAUUUAAACAUUUACUAUCAAAUUUUUAUAUCACUACUAAAUAUGAUAUGAAGAUUAUUGAUAGUUACUUAAACUGUUUUAAAGAUUAUUCUAAGUGGAUUGUACUUUUGUACACUCAAGAAGGACCUUUUACUAACAAAGAUAAAUAUUAUUCUGUUGAGUAUAAAAUCAUUGAUAAAUUAAGUCUAAAUGAUAGAAAUGUUGAUUUGUCAAGAAAUUUAAUUUCAUUACCGUUAAAAAACUUUUCAUUAAUUGAAAGUAUAAAAUGUAAUGAUGAAUUUGUAAAGUACAGAGAUUAUUAUUAUAAGAAAAUUAAUAUGGGAUCAAAGAAUUUAAUUUAUUGUUUUGAUAAAUCAUUUAAAGACCCAUCAAAUAUUUUUACUUUAAGUUUAAUUAGUGAUGAUUAUUUCAAUAAUUUACCGUUUUAUGAAGUUUGUGCUUUGAUAGUUUUUAAUUACUUUGAAGAAACUAAUUUUGAUGAAAUAGAAAAUUCAAGAACAUCUUUUUCAAUUACAACCAGUACUUCAGGACUUGAAAUUGGUGUUAAAGGAUUUAAUUCAAUGAGAACUUUAACUAUUCUAAAGAAAGCCUUAGAUUAUUUUACUUGUCUUUCUAAAAUAAAUGAUGAGGAAAUUAAAAUACUGUUUCCGGUAUUUAAAUCUAAAAUAAUUGGUGAAUAUGAAAGUAAGAUUAAGGUGUCACCUUAUAAAAAAUCUUUUGAUGUAUUUAAUCAGUCAUUUAUUAAGGGAUUAAAAUCUUAUGAAGAGUAUUUAGAGAUGGUUAAGAAUAUGAAAUUAUCUGAUCUGCCUAUAUUGAGGAAGGUGGAUUAUUCAAUUGAUUUAUUUAGUGUUGGAAAUUUUGAUUAUCAAAAAGUUUUUGACUUUUUGAAAGGUAUUGAAAGUAUUCCAUUAGAACGCAAUAUAAUUAACAAUGAAGUAGAGUCAGUAGUUAAUUAUCCAGUAAUAGAUAAGUUUAAUAACUCAGUUAAUUAUAUGAUCAAUCUUGGUGAAAAUUAUCAAUUAGGAUUUUUUUAUUCUCAUGUUAUUAAUGAAUUAUUCUUUGAUAGUUUAAGAACUAAAGAAGCAUUAGGUUACAUCGUUUUUAAUACAAUAAGAUUAAUAAGAUCUAAAAGGUUUGUUUGUUUUGUUGUUCAAAGUGAAAAAGAUGGUGAUUUCUUGAUUAAUAGGAUUAAUGAUUUUAUUGUAGAAUCUCAAAAAUACAUUAAAGAGUUAAGUAAUAAAGAUUUUGAGGAGUUUAAAAAGGGUUUCAUUAUUGAAAUAACAAAACCUUUUGAUAAUUUAACAGUAUUACAUCGUUUUGUUCAUAAUAAAUAUCAGUUAGAUGAGAAUAUCAAUCAAGAAUUAGAAACAAUUAAGAUAAUUAACAAUCUAAAAUUGAGUGACUUUAUUAAUUUUGUAAAUGAUUUAACAAAACUAAAAGUAAAUGUAUUUAAAUCAUUUCCAUUAAAUGAAUAA